CUAUAUCUUCGCCUGCACUUCUACUUUUUCCUUUCCCUUCCCUUCUUUCUAUCACCAGCUGCCAAGAACAGCAUCAUCUGAUACGGAUGGGAAGCUGAGUUAGAGAGAGAUGGAUCGAAGACAUGGAAAGAGGCCUCUUCCUCCUGACGAGGCGGCACCGGAGGAGAAAGCGGGAGAGCUCUCGUGCUCGCCACUGGCCCGGGCCGAUCAGGAUGCGUCGGCCAUCGUGUCGGCCCUCGCCCACGUGAUCGGCUCUUGCUCGCCGGUGGCCGGCGUCGGAGGGGGUGAGAUGCGACAAGAUGUUAGUGGAUCAGGAACAGGCUCGGUGGAGAACAGGACUCAGCCCUCCGAAGAGCAAGGAAAUGCGGGACGAAGGCAUUAUAGGGGAGUGAGGCAAAGGCCAUGGGGGAAAUGGGCAGCGGAGAUAAGGGAUCCCCAGAAGGCUGCUCGUGUAUGGCUUGGGACCUUCGACACGGCGGUGGAUGCGGCCAUCGCCUACGACGAGGCCGCCCUCAGGUUCAAAGGCUGCAAAGCCAAGCUCAACUUCCCCGAGAGAGUCCAAGGCCGCUCUGACCUCGGCUUCUUGACACAUCGAUGGCAAGCUCAGCCGCCGGUGCAACUCCCGGCGACUUCGUACCCGGACUUGCUUCGGUACGCUCGACUCCUCCAGAGUAGGGACGACGACCUGCACAACCGGGCUGUCGGGCUCCACCCCGCGGGAAGCUCCUUCAUGUCAACCUCCUCGCACACAACGCCGACUUCUUCUUUGUCUGGGUCUUCGCAGGAGCUGGUGGGUUUCUCACACCAUUGGCAGUUGAGGAGCUCUUCUUCUUCGAGCUCGUGGCCUCAGGUUGACCUGCAGGACGAGGACGAAGACUAGAAGCCACCAGGCAUUCAAGUGACGACGACUCCUCUUGACUUGGAGUUCGGUGCACCGAGAGGUUUGAUCCUUAAUUCUCCUCCGUGAAGAACUCGGAUCUGAGAUCGAAGAGAGAUGCAAAGACCUAAUUGUGAACUUGUUUGAAGUAGAGACGUUGCAAGUGUACUGCGUCAAUGAUCAGGAGGGAGAAGUUUAUGAUGUCCUCAUCCGACUUGUUAUCGAGUUCAUUGUUCCUAUCGCAUUAUCUGGUCAAUUCUCAAAUAAAUCUUAAGUGAAAUGAACUGAAUUCUAUUGUCAUUUUAUUGCAUCCA